CACGCUGCGGCAGGCGUACUGCGACCGGCGGACAGGCCGGGUCUCGGGAGCGAGCCGGGCCAGCGGCGGGGUGGCUGACAGGCAGAACGAUGUCAGCCGGCGAGGACGAGGUGGUGUGCGCGCUGGGCGCCAUCGGCCGCUGGCAGGUGCAGCUCUCCGUGCUGGUCUCGCUGGUCGGCCUGCUGUGCGGCUGGCAGGUACUGGGCGUGGUCUUCCUGGCGCCGCCCACCGACCACUGGUGCGCGCCGCCAGAGGGCACUGGCUGCGGCAGCCCCGGCGCCCCCGGCGCCCUCUGCACGCCCGAGCAGUGGAGGGCGGCCGCGGUACCGCUGGAACUCAGGGAUGGAGCGGAAGCCAAAUCCCAAUGCCUCGCCUUCUCCUGGGAUGCAAAUACUGUGAUGCCUGAGGUGAACGUUACUGUGCCUUGCAGCGCGUGGCAUUAUGAUACCACGGAAUACACGAGCAACCUCAUCAUUGAGUGGGAUCUGGUUUGCGAGCAAGAGUGGCUGCAGAUGGUGGUGAAGGGCAUCUACAUGAUCGGCAUCAUGUUCGGUGUCUUGACCUGGGGUGUGUUCGCAGACAAGUACGGCCGGCGGCCUGCACUUCUGGUUUGCCUGGCGCUCAACUUCGUGUGCUCGGUGGCCACGACCGCCUCCACCAGCGUCGAGAUGUUCCUCUUUCUCCGCUUCUCCUCCGCCUUCUUCGGGAUCGGCAUGUACACGACCGGCUUCGUCAUGUCCAUGGAGUUGAUCGGGGACAAGUGGCGUUCACUGCUGGGCAUCACCUACUGUCUGCCGCUUUCCUUCGGCUUCAUCACACUGGGUGGCAUGGCCUACCUCAUCCGCGACUGGAGGACGCUGCAGCUGGUCACCUCGCUGCCUGGCCUGCUGUUCGUCUCCUUCUACUGGCUUGUGCCCGAGUCCCCGCGGUGGCUGCUCUCAAAGGGCAGGGUUUCAGAGGCUAGAAACAUAUUGGAAAGCAUAUGUAAAUACAACGGCAGAGCGCCGCUGGAGAAAUUCCCAGAAGCAGAGUCGUCCAGUGACGAGAAACCACCCGUUGAGGAGGGCUUCCUGAACGUGCUGCGCAGUCCCAAGACCGCGGCGCUGUUCCUCUGCCUCUUCUUCUGCUGGCUGGUGAACAGUAUGGUUUUCUACGGCAUUACUCUCAACGCCGGCGACUUUGGUGGAAACAUCUACUUAAACGCCAGUCUCGGAGGCGUGGUCGAGAUUCCCGCCCUCGUCACCUGCGCCUACGCCAUCUACCGGCUGGGACGACGCGCUCCGAUAAGCAUAAACAUGGUGGGCGCCGGCGUUGCCUGUCUGCUCACGCUCGCCUAUCAGAAAGGUGAGUACUCGCACGACUGGCCGAUCGUCUGUCUGGCCAUGAUGGGCCGGUUCUGCAUCACGGCCUCCUUCUCCACCAUCUACAUCUUUACGGCCGAGGUGUUCCCGACGUCGGUGCGCAACACCUGCCUGGCCAGCUGCUCGGUCGGCUCCCGAGUGGGCGGCGUGCUGGCGCCCUUCCUGGCGCUGCUGAAGGACGCCAUCCACCCAGCCGUGCCCGUACUGCUGUUCGGCGGGUCGGCCAUCUUGUCCGGCCUGAGCGUGCUCCUGCUGCCGGAGACGGCCGGCCGACCGCUGCCCGAGGUGCUGGCUGACCUGACCGCGCCCGCCCGCCGCCGCCGCUCCGACACGGAUGAAGAAAAUCUUUCGGAAGAAGCAAGUCCCAUCGACGUGUGAAAAUGACAUCUAACGUCUGGUGUCCUUGUCGACGUUCGAAAUCACGUGUGUAACGGAGUGAAUCUGUCAAAAUGACUAAUCAAGGGGUUUUGUAGGGUUUUACGCAUUUUUAGCCUAUGUAUCUUUAUUUCCGGCAUCCGGAAAGCGCUCCGUUAGCUUACAGCACAGCCCCGUCUCGCGCAGCAAGUCCUCGUCUGGUAUGCAUCGGCACUGUAGCCAUAGCAUUAUUACGGCGCGACUGAAACAAUCAGUCAUGUGAUUCUACAUGUGCAUCCGUCUACCAUUUGAAAUGCAGUGGUGGCCUAAUAUCUUGUGAUUUCUCCUGUUUUUAAGCUGUUUGGAAGGAGACCUUAAGCAGCCAGAAAAGCUCGAAGAGGAAGCGCCGCUCGCACGUGAUGGCGACGCUUGUGCAGGGUUGAUGCGGUGCGCUAGGACUCUUGCUGGCUUCUUCCGCCCUGGAAGGCCUGAAUCACACGAUGCCGUACUCUAGGACCACAAUCUCCUGACGAGACCGUGGUGAACAGUUUGGGAGCAUAUGAUGCAAUGGUCGAAACGUGAUACCGGGAUUGAGUGCUUAUGGACAGGGUGUGCAUUUGUUCGCGUUCUAGCAAGGAUGCCAGAUUCUGGAACUCACUCGAACUCUAUGGUUCUGGCCCAUGUCAUUCAAUGAUUACCAUGAUGUGAUUGGUGAAUGCGACCAGUAAACCAGUGAAUCACCACCGAACUGAGCACAACAUUGUUUAAAAUUAUCUGGAUAGCGGUAAAGCGGAUUGCAUUAGAAGUUGUCAUGGCAAUAUAGACAGGUAAAUGCAUUUGUCAUCUUCGAGAAACUAGUGUGCAUGUGUGUCUUAGUCACUUGCGCGUGUGUGUUCCCUUUUGCUGGCCAGAUCAGUGGCCCGUUUACGCGAUCGGUUUAGGUGGCAGCUCUGGCUGAUCGACUACAGUAUCUAAUGGUCUGGAGCUCCUUGGUGCCAAUCUGGCAGUGAAAUCCGCAGCCACCUCGCUCACUCUCCUGAGUUUGUGUUUUACGGGACUGUUGCAUUACACCGUGUUCAAUGGUGUCAAAUGAACAGCUCUCAACAUGGUUUGAAAGUUAUGUUCUGCGUCGAAAUAGCGAAUCGUUUUAUUUGCUGUAACGCCUGGCUCCACACAGCUGUGUAGCACACAGAAAGGGUUGUGCGCUGAACUGCAUUACGUUUAUAGCAAAAUAUUCAGACUUCGAAGAAGUUAAACUCCCGUAAACCAUGAACGUAGCAGGACCUGGUCAUAGCGAUGAAAAUUGUCAGUAGGCAAUGCAUACUUGUGACUGGAUGGAUAGUGUAGGUAGAGGGAGAAUGUAACCUUGGCCGGUGUGUACGUCAUACGCAUUUCGCAUCGGCAGCGUGAAAUACAGCUCUUCUCGGCUGGCGAU